AACCUAGCUCGCCUGAGGGACAUUCGUCAAGUUCCCGUGGAGCCUAGGAGACCUUUAAGUGCUAUCCAACCCAGUAACACGGACAGUAGCUCAACUACGGACGGGGACGAGACGAGUGGAACUCCGAUCAGUUCUAAAGGUGAGUACUAGUUAUAAGUAACGUGCUAUGGAAAUUUUUAGUACUCCUAACGUCGCCAAAUCUUUUUGUAUUGGAGUAAAAAAACCUUAAGGUAAAAAACUGAAGAAAUACGGAAUCGCCAAUUGCGGAUUGGCGCAUCGUUCAACCUGUAUUUACUGUAACGUUUAGAGACUUCAGACAAAGCGAGUAAAAUCGUUAUUUAUGAUGCAAAUCGAUCGUACAUAACUUUGGAAACAAAGAGGUGUAGUACAUGUAGUAAAGUAUUUUUGCAAAGCCAUCCUUUUAAGACUAAAAUUCUUUAAGUUUUUCUCUUGUGCUUUUAAUUGGUAAGCACGAGUGUGGAUCUUUUCGCAAAGAAACGUUUUAUCCUCGCUUUGGUCUUUCAGAACCGUCGAUUGAACGCCAGCGAGAAACGUUUGAAAAGCGUGAACUUGAACUUAUGGCCGAGGUCCGAGAUCUUAGAAAGCGACUAGCAGCCAGAAGACAGCAACGAGCACCGGACUUUGUAGGACAUACCCAACAAUGA